UCCCACACACAAGCAAAGCCGCCACAAUAUUUCCGAGCGCCACUCACUACCCUCCGCUCCCCGCCGCCGCCAUCCUUCGACGCCACCAUCCCCUACGCAACCAUCUCCCCGCCGCCGACCCAUACUCUCUUUCAAUGUCUGCUUCUGGAGGGAUCUCUGGGUCCGGAAGCGGGCAGCGGCGAGACCUCGGGACCGGGGACAUUCUGGAUCGAGCACGGAUUCAAGUGGAUCCUCUUCCACAACAACGAAGAAGAAAGCAAAGCCAAUCCCCUUGAAUGACUUCUUGACUAGGAAGCAUGGUAAUCCUGCUGUUUCCUCAGCAUGGAACAAAGUUCAAGAUCCUGCACAACCUCUCUCGAGUGGUUCCUCCUCAGAGCUCUCAAAUCUGGGUCUUCAGCUGGCCCGUCAAGUCAUUGCCCGUCGAGCCAUGGCCAGUCAAGCCCUGUCAGAGCUUGGCCUUGAAACCAAUAUCUUGAAGAGAGAGUACUACAACCUGCUGAAGAGCUAUAUGAUGAGAGGGGACAAGAGCUAUUAUGAGUACCGAGCCAUGGAGAUCCUCCCCAGCAAAGACUAUCAGUUCAAAAUAGACUUUAAGCAUGUUCUCCAAAUGGGAUACCUUGAUUUGGCCUUGAAGAUUGUUGACGAGGCUGGUUCUGUCAAUGGGCAAAGCAUUUUUUGCCCUUUUCUAAUCUGCUGGUGUAGUCAUAAUUGCGAGCAUUUUCUAAUCUGUGGUAGUGAUAAUUGCGAGCAUAUUGACUGUUAUAGUUCUUUACCAGCCAUGUGUUGAUAUAUAACUUGAUCAUGUGUAUAUUGAACUCACAUUUUGCACAUUACAUCUGAACCUGUUUUUUGUUUCUUUCAACAGCUAUGGAUGGUUUUUGAAAACAACAACUAAUUUUCUUAAGACCCAAAGUCUUUUUGAUGAAGAAAAUAUAGGAGCUGUGACAUUGGAUUUUGUAAAUCUCCCUAUGACGAUGAGGUCUUUUUCUGAGUAUGAUUCUGUAGACUUGGUGAAAAGGGACAUAUCAGCGCUUGGUCGGACGCAUGAUCUACUGCUAAUCAUCUUCCAUGGAAGGCAAGUAUACAUCAGCGCCGAGAAGCAUGUCUUUGAGCAGCAUGCAGCUGGUAAAUCGUGGGCUGGUGACUUUACAGCGGAAGAUAUCUAUAUCAUACAGUUCACCUCCACUGAUAUCAAGUGCCAUAUCCGAGCCAAGAGCAAUACCAUACCAUGCACUUCAGACAACAAGGUUCUAGAUAUUAAGCAGAUUCACAAGUCAAUGGCAGAUAAGUACCAAUUCAAUGGUAACUUUCCUGCACAUUUCGAGUGCCUUGAAAAGGAUAUCAAUUCUCUGACUGCUGUUUCAUUGGAUACAAGCUCGAUAUUGACGUAUCUUCCUUACCACGCGGCAUUCAUGCCACCUGGGGCAAAUGAGGCCAUAACACAGAAGUUACAUGACGCUACUGAGGGCGUCUGGAUGGAGCCUGACGAGUUUCAAACUUAUCGCUUGCUGUUUGAGUCAAACCCAGUUGACGGUGAUGAUUGGAGAUUGGGGUAUUGCAAAUCUACAGACCCAUUGCUGAAAAAGGUGUACUUGCAUGACUACAGAACUGCUUUCCAGAACAUCUAUGGGAACACAGGGGUCCAGCUGACCUCCGGCAACACAGCUCGUGACCACAUGCAGGCCCAGCUGACCCCCGACAACACGGAGGCCCAGCUGACCCCCGACAACACGGAGGCCCAGCUGACCCCCGACAACACCAAGGCCCAGCUCACCCCUGACAACACCCAGGCCCAGCAGUCUCAGGGGAGCUCAAGCACCGUCAAAGGGGUGACCCCUGACAACAUGGAGGCCCAGCUGACCCCCGACAACACCAAGGCCCAGCUGACCCCUGACAACACCCAGGCCCAGCAGUCUCAGGGGAGCUCAAGCACCGUCAAAGGCACGGGGGCUGGAAACAAAUUCAACAAAAGCAGGAAAAGUAAGCUUUCCUACAAACGUCACCUGAACGUCCAUAUCCAUACCCACAUGAAAGGUCAGAGGCCGUUGAGAGGCUUGUAUCAAGCAGAGUUGUAUUCUGCAAAGAAGAAUCCUGUUCUAGGAGAAAUCUUCACUGAGCUGUUCAAUGGCCCGACCAUGAAAUUACCUAAAUUCUUUGGUCCCAUGUGGGAGCUGUACUGUGCAGCGAGGGACGCCCAGGUUGAAUGAGCUCUGGACGAUGAUGAUGAGAGCCAGCUUCGAUAGCUUAUGCAUAGAUCUAGAUUUUUUUCUGGUGCAUGAUGACAUGCAAACUUAGGUAGCCAUUUCAUGCAGACAGGGUUCUGGUGGAUGAUGACAAAUAACUUAGGCAGCCCUUCCAUUUUGUUAAACUUGUGGCUUGUGUAGCCUCAGUUUUAUGCAGAGAACUUCUGAGAUUGUGUAUGAACAUUUGGUUAUCCUGAAUGAUGCCUAUGUCUUUGAUGUCUCAGUAGCACCAGUGUCUAGUCCCUGCCUGGCUGGCGCAUCUUUUGUUGAUUA